AUGCCUUCUCUCUUUACCAUUGCAAGCCUUGGCCUUUUGGCUGGUACCUCUCUGGCCGCACCUAGACUCGUCCCCCGAGCUGACGGCACGCAGAAUGUCGUCUACUGGGGACAGAAUGGCGGCGGUGUUGUUGAGAACAACGACCUUGCGACCUACUGCACCAAAGAAGCUGGCAUCGACAUCAUCGUCCUCUCCUUCUUGUACCAGUACGGCAACGGAAACAAGAUCCCCUCCGGAACCAUUGGCCAGUCCUGCUUCAUCGCCACGUCUGGCGAGGGCCAAAACUGCGACGACCUAGCCAAGGCCAUCGACACCUGCAAGUCCAACGGCGUAAAAGUCGUGCUCUCCCUUGGCGGCGCCUCGGGAUCCUACUCCUUGUCUUCUCAGGAAGAAGCAGAAGCUAUCGGCCAGAACCUCUGGGACGCGUACGGCAACUCUGGCAACGCAUCCUCUGUGCCGCGACCCUUUGGCAAGACCUUUGUCAACGGCUGGGACUUUGACAUUGAAAGCAACAGCGGCAACCAAUUCUACGAAUUCAUGAUUGCCAAGCUCCGAGCCAACUUUGCCUCCGACUCCAGCAACCAGUACGUCAUCACCGGUGCUCCCCAGUGCCCCAUCCCGGAACCCAACAUGAACGAAAUCAUCACCAAAGCCCAGUUCGACUACCUCUGGGUCCAGUUCUACAACAACCCCGGCUGCUCUGUCGACGGCACCAUCAACUACGACGACUGGAAGAAGAACGUCGCCAACACGCCCUCCGCCAGCGCCAAGAUCUUCAUCGGCGUUCCUGCGUCUCCCCUCGGCGCGACGGGGACGGAAAGCGGUGCCAAGUACUACCUCGAGCCGAGUAAGCUGGCUGCCCUUGUUGGUCAGCAUACCAGUGAUUCUGCGUUUGGCGGUGUCAUGAUGUGGGCGGCUGGAUUUUCGGAUGCGAAUGUGAAUAAUGGGUGUACUUAUGCGCAGGAAGCGAAGCGUAUUUUGACCACCGGAAAGGCGUGCUAG